AUGUCAGUUGACGACAUCUUUCGGCAUCGCUCGGGCAGGGUUUCCCUCUUUGAUUUAUCUGAAUACCGACCGGAGUAUAAGAAUACAGAAGAUUUUCGAAACUUUGCCAUGGGCGUCACACCAGACCACGUGAUCAGGAGUUACAGGCACAUGCACCAGAAACAAACGCUGAAAUUCGCCACGGAGAAGAAACAGGAAUGGUGCCAACUGAACCACGCCCGGAUGACCGUCAUGGAAGCGUUGGAAGCUCUGAACAGUCUGAUGGAUGAAAGCGAUCCGGACGCAGAUGUAUCAGAUGGAAUUCACGCCUUCCAGACAGCUGAAGGCAUCCGGAGAGAGCAUCCGGACAAAGACUGGCUACAACUGACGGGACUCAUACACGAUAUUGGUAAGAUUAUGGUUUUGUGGGGAGAGCCUCAGUGGGCCGUGGUAGGGGACUCCUACCCCGUGGGGUGUGCCCCUUCAGACGCUAUAGUUUUCGGGAGGGAAAGUUUCGCCGGGAAUCCGGACUUGGACAAUGACACGUUAAACACAAAACUUGGAAUUUACGAGGAAAACUGUGGACUCUCUGACGUCACGAUGACGUGGGGACAUGACGCAUACCUGUAUCACGUGAUGCGGCAGAACACAUGCUACCUUCCGGAAGAGGCCUACUACAUCGUUCGAUUUCACUCAUUUUACCCCUGGCACACUUCCGGUGCAUACGACUACCUGUGUAACAACAAAGACAGGGAAAUGCUGAGCUGGGUUUUGGAGUUUAACAAAUUUGAUCUGUACACUAAAAGUCCCAAUAUACCCGAUUUGGACGAACUAACUCCGUACUAUCAGGGACUCAUAGAUAAAUAUCUGCCGGGGAAACUCAGGUUUUGAACACUGGCACAGCCAUACAGUUUUUGAAUUCACCAU